UUGAUUCAGUCAAUAAAUACCAAACUGUAGGCUUAAUGUGAACAGAUUAAAGUAUUAUAGGCUUUGGAGUACAUCUAUAGAACCAGUGUGCUAAAUCUAACGCUCUGGGUGAUGUUUUAAAAUUUGAUACCCACAGAACAGAUUAUUUGUGUGAAGACGAAUCCUUUGAAAAUUCUAUAUCUAUGAUGAUUAUAAUUAUAUAACUACUUUUUUUUUAGUGUUAAGUAGUAAGUCGUACAGAGUUAAGCUUCUAAGUUUUAGUUCUGCAAAACACUUGGGUCUUAAGACUUAAACUAAAGUUAAACUUUAAUUUUAAAGUGAUUAUAGUUAUCACUUUUAGUUAAUAGUAUUACUACCGCUAUUAGUAGUUAUAGAGGUAUGAUUAUUUACAUAAUUCUUCUAUUCUUGCCGGUGGCGAGAUUAAGGUAUACCUCAGUGAAACCUUUGAAUAUCCAACUCCAAAAGCAGCCCACUCUGCUUGAUGUAUUUUUACAUAGAUUAAAUGAAAUUCCUUGUAAUUUACCAAAGAACUUAAUCAUACCUGAUUUGUCGAAAGAUGUAUUGAAUUCAAGUCCAUCAACCAAUGUUAAUUUUAGAGACCAGCUUUCUGUUUGUUUGGUGCCAGCUAAUUAUGCCCAAGAUAACAUAAAAUCGCCCGUAAUUACUGAGCUUUGCCAUGUCAUAUUUGAUUCAUUUUUUAAUUUGUGUAAUUUAUUCCAACUUCAAAAGACUGUUCAAAAUCAAAUGCAAAAUGAUGUGUUUAAAGAGAUGAGCAUAAUCCCUUCCCGUGAUGAAAAUUUUAAUUUUACUGAUGUGUGUGAUGGAUUUAUACGAUUAGGGAGUCAUCUAUCACCAAUAUACUUAAAUAGUUCAUCUGAAAGUCCUUUAUUAGAUGAAGCACUCUGUAGGAAUAAAUUCUUGUGUCCCAUUUUGUGUACCCCAAAAAAUAAUGAAGUUGCAUGUGAAUUUCUGCUGUGGACAAUGUGGGCAGAAAGAAAGUUGUUUUCAUAUCUUAAAAAUAUUGGAACUGGUACAUCUAUCUCAGAUUUGAAAAGUUACCAAGAGAACCAUCCAGCAACUUUCCCUAAACAGCAUUUAUCUAUGUCGCCAUCCAGUUUUAUUUCGACAUGGAAACCAACAAAUUCAGGAAAUCCCAAUGAUUUCCCUAAUGAUGCAAAAAGUCAUCAAGUGGCUGGUAGUAUAGUAAAUGGAAGUACCCAUCAACAAAUUCAGAAUCCUAUACAAAAUAAAACAAAUUCUGAAAUAUCUUCUAUUUCUCUUAAUAAUGGAAAAAAUGUUGAUCCUACUCCUCUAAGACUUUCAGAAAGCACAAUAAUUAAUAGUGUGCCAGAGAAUUUGCAACCUGUUGAUGAAAUGGGCAAGAAAAUUGUUAGUAGUCAACAAUAUCCUAGUAAAUUUCCAAAUGAACAGGAUCCUUAUGUUGGAGGAGGGUAUAUAAGAAACAAUGGAAUAUCGGAGAAUUCACAACCUGUUGAUGAAAUGGGCAAGAAAAUGGUCAGUAGUCAACAAUAUCCUAGUAAAUUUCCAAAUGAACAGGAUCCUAAUGCUGGAGGAGGGUAUAUAAGAAACAGUGGAAUAUGGAGAAUUCACAACCUGUUGAUGAAAUGGGCAAGAAAAUGGUUAGUAGUCAACAAGAUCCUAGUAAAUUUUCAAAUGAACAGGAUCCUAAUGUUGGAGGAGGGUAUAUAAGGAACAGUGGAAUAUCGGAGAAUUCACAACCUGUUGAUGAAAUGGGCAAGAAAAUGGUCAGUAGUCAACAAUAUCCUAGUAAAUUUCCAAAUGAACAGGAUCCUAAUGUUGGAGGAGGGUAUAUAAGAAACAGUGGAAUAUCGGAGAAUUCACAACCUGUUGAUGAAAUGGGCAAGAAAAUGGUUAGUAGUCAACAAGAUCCUAGUAAAUUUACAAAUGAACAAGAUCCUAAUGUUGGAGGAGGGUAUAUAAGAAACAGUGGAAUAUCGGAGAAUUCACAACCUGUUGAUGAAAGUGGCAAGAAACAAUUGGAUCAAGACACCCAAGUUGGAUUAGUUCCUCAUGAUGUUAACGAAGAAGAUGAACAAUGGGACUUCACAGAAAAAGAUGCAGAUGAUGAGGAUGAUGAUUUGUUAUAUGUGGAUGGUAAACUAUCAAAUGAAAACCAGAAUGUGCCUCAUAAGGCAAACUCUGGCAACCCUACCUAUCCUAAAAUGGUUGAACCUUUCCCAGAAGCAGAAGACACUCAUUUCCUAGCUUAUUUUUUGACAGCAGUUGUUCUCUGUGUUAUUGCCUACCUAGUUUUUCAUAACAAGCGAAAGAUCAUAGCUUUAAUCAUUGAGGGAAGACACGAGAGGAAACGAAGAGCAGAAGGGCAUGGUUACAGGAAAUUAAAUUCUGAAAUGAGUGAUGAUAGCACUGGCAAAACAAAGCAAAUAUCCUUCUAGCUUAAUAUGCAAUAAAAUUUAAAUCUUAUCCUGCAUUCCUGUUCUAGUUGUAAUAACACGUAUAUAUAUAGGUUUAAAUAUUUAUAGUGUUAUACUUCAGUUGUGGUUUGAAAGCUUUUUGACACUUCUGGUAAUGUUUUGUGUUCUUAGUAAUUAUUAUUAAGUUGUUCUAAAAAUAUUGUUGUGAUUCAGUUUCUCACUAAUAAUUUGUCCCACUUUAAAAACUUUUCUCACACACCUAAUUGUUUUUCAUGUUACUUUCACUGUGCUGAAGCAAGGUCGUGGUAAAGAUUUAUCUUGUCAUUAAAAUGAAGUAAUCUUAAUUCUGUGGAUUAAUGAAAAAUAAUCAGUCUUCAAUACAGGUGUUUAAGUAGUAGUGCCAGUACUGAAACUUAGUACCUGGUGUAUAGUGUUUGUGAUCUUUAUAAUCCUAACAUAAAUUCUGCUUUUGAGGAUGUUCUUGAUUUUGUAAGAUAGAUAGUAGAAAUAGUAAGUGAAUAUAAUUGUACUCCUGCAGCAGUGUUGAACUUCAAAUGUAGUGUGUUGCUCUUAUCAAUAAUAAUUUGUAAUCAUUUCCUGUAAUGUUAUUAGUAUGUGUAGGAUUUAAAACUGACCAUAGGCUAUACUGAAUCAAAGACUGCUAGUAAAUUUUUACCUCUUGAUUUUGAGAUUGUAAUAGUGCACCACUCAACACUGUUCUUUCAGUUUUAAUUUGGACUUGCACUGCUGUACGGUUUAUUUUGUUCUAUUGUUAAUAAAUAUUCUGUAAAGAAGUACAUUGUUACAUGAGUAACAUAUUC